GCCGAGCCGGUGAACGCGCAGCAUUCACUACUGCAAGCAUAUCUCAUUCGCUCCUCCGCAGGAGACAUCACCCUGAUUUUCUAAUAGCGUAUAACGCUUAGAAAACACCCGAAUUUCGACGGUUGUUUGUCCCACAGUUGUCAAGACAACUCGCAACGUAUUCAGAUUCUCAUAUUCUGUGCACUCAGCAGACCGAUAUCGAAUAUGUCCGAGGGCGACGUUCGCACACCAGACGGGGUCGAGACCGACGUCGAGAGUUCCUACCGCCCACCGCCGGAGAAAACCAUCGAGGAAAUUCUCGCCGCUGAUCAAGAAGAUGAAAGUCUACGCAAGUACAAGGAGGCAUUACUCGGGCAGGCUCAAGUUUGUACGGUUGUCAUCGAACCCGAUAAUCCAAAGCGUGUAUUAGUCCGUCGACUAGUACUCGUCGUCGCUGAUCGCCCGGAACUAGCGCUGGAUCUCUCCGGGGACAUCAGCAAGCUGAAGAAGGAGACCUUCACUAUCAAGGAGGGCGUGUCGUACCGGAUCCGCAUCGAGUUCCAGGUGCAACGUGAGAUCGUGCACGGUCUCAAGUACGUGCAGAAGACUUAUCGGUUGGGCGUUCCAGUUGACAAGAUGACGCACAUGGUGGGUUCGUACGCGCCGAAAACCGAGAUUCAGUCAUACACGACGCCGUCGGAGGAUGCGCCGUCCGGUAUGGUAACACGCGGCACUUAUUCCGUUCAGUCGUUGUUUACCGACGACGACAAAAAGCACCUCAAAUGGGAGUGGACAUUCGAGAUCAAGAAGGACUGGAAGGAUUGAACACAAUAUACACUAUCUACCAAACCACACACACACAUAUUCUAAAUUCGCAUUCUUACUAAACGUCGCCGGCAGACGGGCGACGCUUCACCAAAUAUAUUCUAUAACGUCUUUAUCUACGUAAUAUUUAAGCAAGUGUUGGGAUGGUGGUGCGAAUCCGGUCACACCUACUCGCGACUAAAUCAAUCGAUGGUUCCUCAUCCAUUACAUCUUACCUCGAAGAAGUAUUUUUGUAGCCUAGCGUACGUAGACUAGUACUUACCAUUUCGAACACCUCUUAUGCCUUACCAGACCCGACCACAAUCGCCGCGGCUGGAUGAUGCGGUUUGCCGCAGCCGGAACUCGCCGUAUCCACGCACUACCAAAAUACCAAUUUCGAAACCUAACGCUUCGUAUUCGUACACACGUGUAACGUAUUAAUUCUGGUCGCCGCUGGCUGCCAUUUAAGUUGAAUAUUGAAUAUUAUUGAAUUUAAUCAGUGUAAUUGUAAUGUGUAACUGAACGGAACCAAUUAUGGAUUAACAUGCUCAAUUAACUUUUAACAGGGGAAAUGUAUGAGUUAUCAUGUAAGCAGCCACCCGGUUUAGGGUUUUGGAUGAUUGAAAGCGUUAUAAAGUAGUAUUGAAGCAAUAUCCUAUUAAAAAACAUUUGAUUGUAUUAUUGUGCAUUAUAGAAGUGAUAAAUAAAGAAUGCAUGAAUUUCCUAGA